UCGCCGCCCAGAGAGACGAGUCGGCGAUGCAGCAGCACCGCGCGCUUCAAUGUCAACUGACUGCAGCAACGACGCAGUGGGAGUCGGAACGCUCGUCACUCCUCUCGCAGCUGGAGGCCGUCCGGGCAGAGCUGAGUGAGCUGCAAGCCAAGGUGGCAAGUCAAUCCAACGUGCACGAACAGCUCGAGCAGGCACGAACUGCCACAAUCAGCUACAACACGAUCUCAUGGCCGCACGCACCGACGAAGACAGAGUCCGCGAAGCCUUACGUGCGAUGAGCGAGAAGAAGCAAGCGCUGGACGCAAAAGUGCAAGCCCUGCUCAAGAUGGUCCGCGAUGAGAAUGCAAGGACGGCCGAGGUGGCUGUGACAGUGAAAGCGCAAGCAGAUCGUGUGACGCACUUGGCAUCGACGGAGACGUCCCUUCAGAAAGAGUGCGCCGAGUGGAAAGCCAAGUACAAGCAGACAAAUGCGCACGUCAACAAGCUCACGAUCAAGUUGGCGCACGAAGAGAAGGCCAAGACUGAUGCCAUCGCUGCUCUGCAGGAGACAAAAACCGCUCUCGAUGUUGCCGAGCGGCGCUGCGUCGACCACCUCUUCCAGCUAAAGCAGGCCCAAGAGCAGUGCAAAUAUCUCACAAGCGUCAAGACAUCGGCUCCACCAUCCAAGACGUCCACCGAUACAGUCGCGAGCCAUCCAGAGAGCGAUGCACCGAGCUGGAUGCGUGACUAAGAUCUAGUACAUGUCGUGUUGAACGA